AGCUUUGGCUCCAGCACAAGCUCCGUCCCCCGGUGUGCGCCGUGGUGCGCCGUGGCGCCGUGCUUCGCCGGAGCUGAUGGCCACUCGCCGGAAAGGGCCUCCCACGAAGCUCAGCAGCGACGCCAAGAAGGAACUCUCCGUGGUGGUGCCCACCUACAACGAGACAGAGAACCUGCGUCCACUGUGCGAGCGGCUCUUUGCAGCGUGCAAGGCCGCCGGCCUCACCAUCGAGUUAGUGGUGGUGGACGAUGAAAGUGAAGGCAGUGAGGAAACUGAAAAGAUCGCCAAGGCCCUGGCCUCCGAAGGCUAUGCGGUGCGCAUCCAUUGCCGAAAGAAGGCGGAGGGGCGCGGCCUGAGCAGCGCAGUUCUGCUAGGUUUCGGAAUGGCAAAAUAUGCUACCCUGCUGUGCAUGGAUGCGGAUCUGCAACAUGAACCCGAGAGUGUCCCAGACGUGGCCAAACCUGUCCUUGAAGGUUCCGCGGAGUUCGCCAUUGGCUCGCGACACGUGGAGGGCGGUGGAUUGGGCUUCGAAUGGUCCAUGCUUCGAAGAGUGGUCAGCAGCGGCGCAAAGAUGUUAGCCUGGUUCCUCGCACCCUCUACAGAUCCUCUCAGCGGCUUCUUCUGUGUCAGUAAGGAGGUCUUGAAGCGUGGCGAGGGGAAGCUGAACCCCAUCGGCUUCAAGAUCGCCCUAGAAGUCAUGGUGCGAUGUCGGUGUAAACCCAUCCAGGACGUAGGAAUCCAGUUUCAGGAGAGGAAUGCUGGCGAAAGCAAGCUCUCCGCAAAUCAGUACAAGUUAUACCUGGAGCAACUCUUUAGUUUGUACAUGGCCACUUAUGGCCCUCUGAUCGUGUUGCUGGUGAUCCUCAUUUUGCUCCUGCUGUCGGCCAAUCCCAGACGUGGUGGGUACAUGGCUUUGACGAGUUUAUUGCCGACGCCGAGAAAGCUCACGGGCUGACGUCGAACGUCGGUGCUGCGUCGGUAGCGAUGGCCAGAGGGUCCAAGUCGCGUCGAUUGUCGCGUCGCUUCUCCGCGAGCCAUG